GCCGUUUUCCUGUAGCAACGGAAGUUGUUGCUGUUGAGCGAGUAUGAGGGACGGAGGGCUUCACUACUGGGAGGAUGUUGACGCAGAUGCGAGAUGACGUUUAAGUAGAUCCGCGCUAGGAGGCGUUUGUAUCAAAACAGCCGCGUUCCGUCGCAUACAUUCUGGUACAGUAACGCACGGCAGGAAGACGGCAGCAAUCUUUUCUUUUAAUGGUUAGCCAUAGUCUCUGCUGCUUUUCAAGACACCGCAUAUUAAAGGUUUUGUUGGCUGCCUAAGUCUACGGAAGACAAUCUCUGGCCCUGCCAAACGGGUGAGAUUGAGAUGAGAGUCCACCCCGAAACCCAUCCAUUUGUGUGGACGCUGCAUGAUUAUUUGAAAUGGCAAAGUAAAAAAGGAACUUCAGUCAAGAUGAACAAAGUGAAAGUGUCAACAGAAAAAGGGAAUUCUCGUAUCCAUGGUCUGUUAACCCAGCUGGAGAAGCUUACUUCAGAAGGGUCAUUGCAGGAUGUGGAGAAUGGCCGUUACGUUACUUCCAAACUUCUGCAUCUGGCUCAGACUCAAGCAGAAUUCCCUUUCUCAGUCCUACAAGUGUCAGAAAGAACAAAGAAAGAUAUAAUGGGCAAAGGUUCAACUGGAAUGGAAAUAAUAUUAUCAGCACUUGAGAACACUCGUGACCUGCAAAUUACAUUGAAUAUUCUCAACAUACUUAAUGAAUUGGUUUCAGUGGGUGGAGGGCGCAGGUGUAGCAUUUUGGUCUCCAAAGGAGGGAGUCAGAUUCUGCUUCAAUUGCUGUUUAGUGCCAGUAAGGAAUUUCCACCAAAUGAAGAGAUUAUGGUACAACUACAUUCUAUUCUGGCAAAGAUUGGACCAAAAGACAAAAAGUUUGGAGUCAAAGCCAGGAUUAAUGGAGCCUUGGGCAUUACCUUGAAUUUAGUGAAACAAAAUUUGCAGAAUUUCAAGCUAAUUUUACCUUGUUUGCAUCUGUUGCGAGUGUAUUCUAACAAUGCUGUCAAUGCUGUUUCCUUGGGCAAAAAUGGUGUUGUGGAACUUAUGUUCAAGAUUAUUGGUCCUUUCAGUAAGAAGAACACAAGCCUUGUAAAGGUCGCAUUAGACACGCUGGCAGCAUUGUUAAAAUCGAAAACCAAUGCCAGGAGAUCAGUGGAGAGGGGGUACCUUCCUGUUCUUAUUACAAUAUAUAUCGAUUGGCAUAGGCAUGACACAAGACAUCGGCAUAUGCUGAUUCGUAAAGGAAUUUUAACCUGCAUCAAAAAUGUGACAAGUAUUAAGUUGGGAAGGAAAGCUUUUGUAGAUGCAGAAGGGAUAAAAAUCUUGUAUAAUACAUCUCAGGAUUGUCUUUCAGUGAGAACCCUAGACCCUUUGGUCAAUAUCUCUAGCCUCAUUAUGAGAAAAUGUUUCCCUAAAAAUCGUCUUCCCAUUCCAACUAUUAAAAGUGUUUACCAGUUCCAGUUGCCAGUGAUCCCAAUAAAUGGUCCUGUCGCACAGAUCUAUAAUUUAGCUCCUGAAGUUGAUGAUGUUGUAGAUGAAAGUGAUGAUACUGAUGAAACUGAAGUGGAAAUAGACAAUGAAACUGAAGAAGAAGCAAAUGAAAACCAGAAGAACGAUGAUAUUGAAACUGACCUUAGCAAGUUAAAGCCAGUGCAAGAUUUAGGGCGGCCAGUAGAAGAAUUGGAAAUGUACAAGCAGUUUUUCCCAGAGCUCAUGGAGGACUUUCAGGCAUAUAAUUUUGCUGAAAAAAGCAACAUCAAUCAAUCAGCAAUUGAUGUUAAGCGGACAGGACCCAUUAUUGUGCCCACAGCCGAGGAGCCAUCAUCAAAUAGUAAUACAGUUAGAGCAAGUGUUAAAGAAAAUGAUAUUAAACAAAACCAGCACUUUCUACCUAAAGUAUAUCAAGGAGCUGGACAGGAUCAUAAACCUGUAACACACAUGGAUCAGCACAGUACUGAGAAAAGCAAAAACAAUGUCAACUGUCAGUAUUCUAAACAAAAUGGGCAUCCACCUGCGGAAUGCCUAAACCGUGAGAUUACCAAAGGCUUCAACAGUAUGUCACUGCACUGUAAUAAUGCUUCUGAAGAUGUUAAAUGUUGCAAACCUGGGUGUGAGAGUGGAGUUGAGAACAAACCCAGAUUUUUGACCCUAGGAGAAACUUGCAGCAAAACUUGUCAGCAGAUCUCAGGGUGUGGAAAGUCUUUAUUUGUUUCAUCAUUUGGUCAGCCUCCAUCUUGGCAACAGGUUGGUACCCAGCUAGGUCAAUUGUGCUGUUCUGGCUUUGACACUGAUGCCGAGGAUGACUCCUCUUUAAGUUCUGAAGAACCAGGAUUUUCAGAGUUACCGGAGCCAGGGGUCUUGCAACCACUUCAUGACCCUGAUCUUUAUAUUGAAAUUGUUAAAAAGACUAAAUCUGUUCCCGAAUAUGGUGAAGUGGCUUAUCCUGAUUAUUUUGGCCAUAUUCCACCUCCAUUCAAGGAACCUCUCAUAGAAAGACCCUACGGUGUUCAAAGAACAAAAAUAUUCCAGGAUAUUGAGAGACUAAUUCAUGCAAAUGACAUUAUUGACAAAACUGUGUAUGAUCUUGAUUUUCUAAGCUAUCCUAUACCCGAAAAUGGAGAAACUCUGAGGUUCAAUUCACAAUUCGAGUCUGGAAAUCUUCGAAAAGCAGUUCAAAUUAGAAAGUUUGAAUAUGAUCUGAUCCUUAAUUCUGAUAUAAACAGCAAUCAUCAUCACCAAUGGUUUUAUUUUGAAGUGAGUGGGAUGAGGAAUGCUAUUCCUUAUCGAUUCAAUAUUAUCAACUGUGAAAAAUCUAAUAGUCAAUUCAACUAUGGUAUGCAUCCCCUAAUGUAUUCAGUCCAAGAAGCCAUGCUUGGAAGGCCACGGUGGGUUCGAACUGGAAUAGACAUCUGUUACUACAAGAAUCAUUUCUCCAGAAGCUCAAUUGCAGCUGGUGGUCAGAAAGGAAAAUCGUAUUACACACUGACAUUUACAAUGACUUUUACUCAUAAGGAUGAUGUGUGCUACUUCGCUUAUCACUAUCCAUAUACGUACUCUACCUUGCAGAUGCAUAUUCAAAAACUGGAGACACUACAUGACGCUCAGCAAAUUUAUUUUCGUCGGGAUUCAAUAUGUGAUACUUUGGGAGGUAAUCCUUGCCCUGUACUGACCAUUACAUCCAUGCCAGAGUCCAAGUCCUGGGAAAACCUGUACCAGUUCAGAAAUCGACCUUACAUUUUCUUAACAUCUCGCGUUCAUCCUGGGGAAAGUAACUCCAGCUGGGUAAUGAAAGGAACUUUGGAAUAUUUAAUGGGUAAUAAUUUGACCGCUCAAAGCUUGCGGGACUCAUAUAUUUUUAAAAUAGUCCCAAUGCUGAACCCAGAUGGAGUCAUUAAUGGAAGCCAUCGUUGCUCAUUAAGUGGAGAAGAUCUCAAUCGUCAGUGGUCAAACCCUCAUCCUGAACUUCAUCCAACAAUUUACCAUACCAAGGGCUUACUGCAGUACCUGGCCAGUAUACAACGUACCCCUCUGGUUUUUUGUGACUAUCAUGGCCAUUCUCGGAAGAAAAAUGUCUUCAUGUAUGGCUGCAGCAUAAAGGAGACGGUGUGGCAGACUGACAUUAGUGCUGCCUCUUGUGACUUACAGGAAGACCUUGGCUAUAGGACUUUGCCAAAAGUAUUGAACCAAAUUGCACCCGCCUUCUGCAUGAGCAGCUGUAGUUUUGUGGUGGAAAAGUCCAAGGAAUCCACUGCACGGGUCGUAGUGUGGCGUGAGGUUGGUGUAACGAGGAGCUAUACAAUGGAAAGCACGUACUGUGGCUGUGAUCAGGGAAAGUACAAGGGCCAACAGAUAGGAACAAGACAGUUAGAAGAGAUGGGAGCUAAAUUCUGCAUUAGUCUACUGCGCCUGAAAAAGAUGACAUCUGUGGAAUGUCGGCUGCCGCCCAGCCUCCUGGAUGUGGAAAAUGAUUUGAUUGAUACUAGAUGCAAUGUGACCAGUCCUACAACACAAGUCCUUGAUGAGGAUGAACCACGUUGCCUUGAAGAGGUUGAUUACAGUGCUGAGAGCAGUGACGAGCAGGACGUUGAUCUGAAUGAGACAGCAGACUUUGACCCACAGUACUUCGAUGCGAGUACACAGGAGGAGCAACUUUCCGAUUCUGACAUCCCAAAGAGAGACGGCCUUCUUUAAGUUGUAAAUCACCAAAGAGGCUGGAAAAAUAUCUUAUAGUCAAUCAAAGAAAACAAAUCAGGGUUAAAAUAUCUGCCUUGAGUAAGAGAUAGCUACUCAGUCAUAUUGGCUAAAUUAAAAAAUAAAUAUACUGCUGAUAACAUUGGAAAAUGGAACUGUGUGUUAUUUAACAUUGACUCCAGGUGCAUUUCUAAACAGUAAGUCAGGAGAUGCUGCUCUGCUGCUUUUACUUCCGGAAAAGGCAGCUGCAUGGCUAAAUUAUUGUUCCCACUGGUUUCGUACACUAUUUUAUUUGCUUCCCUUCAUUGUGUUUGUACGCACAAAUUGUUUUUUAAGAUAUGUACCAGUAAUAAUUUGAAAAUAUUGUGGAGAAGUUGGUUAUAGGUUGUCUGCUGCAACUUCCAAUGAUGUAUGUAUGUAUUUAUUUCUCUUUUUAUUUUAAUUGUAUCAGACACAUGAUUCCAGAAUUGCUUGAAAUAAAGUAUGCUGCUUCAGCUACAAGGUUUAAAUAUUUCAAUAAUACUGUUACUGUUACAUCGAUUUGAACUGUAUCUAACUUGUUGAAAAAAUAAGUUGCACUUUGCUCUGAAUCACAUAAAAAUUAAUAGCUGGCUUUUAUUGUAUUUAAUUAGUACAUAACCUAUAUUAUCUACAAUGUUGAUGUGUAGCCUCUAUGUACAGUCCAUGGUAAGUGGCUUCUCAUUGAUAAUGAAACAAUGUAAUUUUGAUUUUCAGACUAUGAAUUAAAGGUUUUGUAUUGUGUAGUGCA